ACUUUCAGCAGUAAGAUGAAUAAGGCCUGGGGUGCCUGGGUGGCUCAGUCAUUAAGCGUCUGCCUUUGGCUCAGGUCAUGAUCCCAGGGUCCUAGGUUGGAGUCCCACAUCGGGCUCCCUGCUCGGUGAGCCUCCUUCUCCCUCUCCCUCUGCCUGCCUGUCUGCCUGCUUGUGAUCUCUCUCUCUGUCAAAUAAAUAAAGAAGAUCUUUAGAAAAAAAGAAGAAGAAAGCCUGAGUAUCUACUGUAUAACAUGGAGACUACAGUUGAUAAUAUUGUAUUGUAUUGUAUAAUAGAAAUUUCUUCAGAGAGAACUUCAGUGUUCUCACACAUACAAAGAAGUAAAUAUUUGAGGUGAUGGAUGUGUUAAUUAAAUCAAUAGGGGGAAUCCUUUCACAAUGUAUGCAUAUAUGAUAUCAUUACAUUGUACACUUUAAAUAUCUUACAAUUUUAUUUAUUAAUUAUACCUCAAUAAAGCUGAAAAAUUACAAAGCAAACAUUUAAAAAUAGUAAAAGGAAACAAAAAAGAAGUUUGGACACUUAAAUCUAUACCCCUAAAUUACUCUUGGAUUUAAAAAAAUCACAAUGGAAAUAAGAACUAUAUAGAAAGGAACAAAAAUUAAAAUAUUAUUUAAAACUCUGGAAUACAGGGACACCUGGCUGGCUCAAUCAGUUGAACAUGCAACUCUUGAUCUCAGGGUCAUGAGUUCGAGCCCCAUGUUGGAUGUGGAGCCUACUAGAAUAAAAUAAAUAAAAUAAGAUAAAAUAAAAUAAAAUAAAAUAAAAUAAAAUAUAAAAAAAUAGAAUAAUAAAAAAAUAAAAUAAAAUUGUGGAAUACAGCUAAAAGAGUACCUAGGGGUAAAUUUAUAGACAAAUAAAAUAAAUGAGAGCAAAACUAAUUAUUUAAAAUAAGUGAAUUUAGCAAGACACUCAAGAAACAAGGCAAACAAAAACCAUUGUAUCAGCAUAAACUUUAAAAAAUAAUGGGAAAAAUAACAAAGCUAAGAGUAUAAAUUAUUAAUAUACAAACAAGGAAGAAUUCUGAUGAUGAAGCAAUUAAAAGCAGAUAAUAAAAGUCAUACUGAGACCAGUGGGGAGAAAUUAAAAUUCUGUCAAGUCCAAUGCUAGGACUAAUAUAGAAUAGGCAGAUGGCAUGACUAAAAUUCUUUUUAAAGAUUCUACAAGAAAACCCCAAAUUCUGAUUAAAAACAAAGACUUGGACAAGAAGAAAGAAAACAACUUAAUUCAAAGCAAGAAGCACGAGUAGGAAAUAAUAUACAGAGUAAAACCAGCUAUUGUCAAAAACAAAGAACAGGUAAGUCUUUAGAUAGCUGCAGUAAGGGAUAUUGAACAGUUAUUUAAUGAGACUUGAAAGCAUCAAAACGAUGUUGAUGAAAAGAUUUUUAAAAUCUAAAAAAGUAGAGGCCCUACUAGAAAACAAGGUGAGUUGAUACCACUUGUUUCCAAUUUUUUCCAUUCUCAGAGGAAUGGAUAAAAGCUAAAAUGAAAAAAAUACAACAAGGAAGAAACCAAAAGAUAAACAGACUGAAGUGAGACCAGAAGUGGGCAAUUUCAUUUAAGAAUGUUGAUUUAAAAUCUUAAUUAAGAUAUUAUCAAACCUUAUCUACCAUAUAUUUAGAAAUAAUAUUUAUAACUUAUGACUAAGUAGGGUUUAUUUUCGGAAUGCAAGGAUAUUCCAAUAUAAGAAAAUCUAAUAAUGCAAAACUCCAUAUUAAGAGAUUAAAGAUAAAAAGCUACAUAUUCAUUUAAAUAGAGGCAUAAUAAAGCUCUUGAGAAUAUUCAACACAUGAUUAAAAUCAUUUAGCUAAAUAGGAAUUGAAGGAAACAUCCUUAACCUGAUAGAGUACCUAUCAAAAACGUAUAUGACUACCAAAGGAGUCUACAGAUUCAGUGCAAUCCCUAUCAAAAUCCCAAUGAUUUUUUUGGCAGAAAUAGAAAAAAAAUCCAUUCUAAAAUUCAUAUGAAGUAGCAAGAAAAAGAAGAACAGGGGUGCCUGAGUGGCUCAGUCAGUUAAGCAUCUGCCUUCGGCUCAGGUCAUGAUCUCAGGGUCCUGGGAUCAAGCCCCAGGUCAGGCUCCCUUCUCAGUGGGGGGUCUACUUCGCCCUCUCCCUCUGACCUUCCUCUUUGCUUGUGCUCUCUCUCUCAAAUAAACAAAAUCUUUAAAAAGAAAAAGAACAAAGAACAAUCCCCUUCACUUUCCUUAAUGUUCCAUGUGGCCUUUCACCUCCAAGCAUUUGUACUGAAGUUCUAGAACACUACUCCAGACUCUUCUUCACCCAUUCCUACCCUUCCGGAGUCAUCUUCAAUAAUGUCUUGGAAAAGUUCUGACCCCUGGAUCUAGGUUGGAUACCCUUCUUAUGUACCUCUUUCCAUUGCCCAGUGUUUCCCACCUUUGUAGCAGUUAACAUAUUCUAUUAAAAUACUCUAUUUAGUUUUCUGUGUCCUCGCCUAUCCUGUAAGCUGCCUCAGAACAAGGACUGUGUUCAUCAGGUUCACCAUUUCUUUCUCCAGCAUCAAUCAGGCAAAGUGCCAGGUAUAUAAUAGUCAUCUAAUUAAGUGUCUGAUAAUUCAAUUUUUUAAAAUACAGAUGUUGAAGUUAAAUUCUAAGGCACCAAGCACAGAAAUGCAAAAUAUGUGACCUUAGAAGAUAAUGUAGCUAAUGUUCUAAAGUUGAUCUUACUGCCUUUGAAUAUAAAAUAAGAAGUUGGAGAUGUUUGGAGCAAGGGCAUCAGUAGCCUUGAUGAAUGCCUUGAGUGUUCAGUAGUAAUACUUUCCUAGCAACUACUACUAGCAACUACUAUACUAUUUGUAUACACAUUCUUAUUAAUUCUGAGAAAAAGACUCCUGACUUGAAAGAGCUACUUCUAAGGUAUCUUAAAACUAAGAUUCGUCAAAGCAACUUGAAAGUCACAAAGCUAACAAGCAAGAAAUAACUUGGGUUUGCCUUAGAGGGUGCAGAAAUUACUUAGGCCUCUGAGCGUCGCUGCUGACCACCUUAGAAGUAAAAGCCUGCAAGACAAUCAGUCCAACAUUCCGGUUCCCACAACAAAAAGGGCUGGGCAUUUGGCCCCCAAGCUUCCGGACGGAAAAAAAAAAAAAAAUCAGUUCAGCAGCUUAAAGUUCUGUCUACAGUGACCUGGGUCCUGUGAAUGCUGGUCCCCUCAGACCCUGAGGAAUAAAGACUGGAAUCUCGCACUGGAUGCUGGAAGUUGCCUGGGAGAGAAGAUUGUAGCAGAAGAAAUGGCGGUUCUGCAAAAGUUGCCACAGUGCAGAAGGCUUAUCCGGCUCUGCUUUCUUUUGGUCGUCUUGUGGGAGGUCGGAGCCGGGCAGAUGCACUAUUCUGUGCCAGAAGAGAUUGACAAAGGCUCCUUCGUGGGUGACAUCGCCAAGGACCUGGGGCUGGAGCCCCCUGCACUGGCAGAGCGUGGAGUCCGCAUCAUCUCCAGAGGUAGGUCGCAGCUUUUUGCUAUGAAUCUGAGAAGUGGCAGCUUGGUCACCGCAGGCAGGAUAGACCGGGAGGAGCUCUGCGCUCAGAGCACGCGGUGUCUGGUGAAUUUUAACAUACUCCUGGAAGACAAAUUGAACAUUUAUUCAGUAGAGGUGGAAAUAAGAGAUAUUAACGAUAAUGCCCCUCGCUUUGGAGUAGAGGAACUAGAGCUAAAAAUAAGUGAAAUGACUACGCCAGGAUUCCGAAUUCCCCUAAAGAGUGCGCAUGAUGCGGACGUAGGAGAAAACACCCUUCAGAAGUACGAACUGAACCCAAAUGACCACUUCUCCCUGGAUGUGCGAAGCGGAGUGGAUGGGAACAAGCACCCUGAGCUGGUGCUGGAGCGCGCCCUGGACCGUGAGGAAAAAGCCAUUCACUACCUCCUCCUUGUGGCUUUGGAUGGGGGCAGUCCGGUCCGAUCUGGCACCUCCCGCAUCUGUGUGACCGUCCUGGAUGUGAACGACAAUGCCCCUAUAUUUACACAGCCCGAGUACCGUGUAAGUGUUCCUGAGAAUAUGCCCGUAGGCACCCGGAUACUCACAGUGACCGCCACUGACACAGAUGAGGGAUACAAUGCCCAAGUGGCAUAUUUUCAAGAGAAAACCCUGGGAGAAACCCCAGAGGUAUUUGAGCUUGAGUCGACAUCUGGAGAUAUAACAAUCACAAAGAGUCUAGAUUUUGAGGAUGCCAAAGUCCAUGAAAUUGAUAUUGAAGCUCAGGAUGGUCCGGGCCUUCUGACCAGGACAAAGGUUAUUGUGACAGUUCUGGAUGUGAAUGACAAUGCCCCAGAAUUUUACAUGACAUCUGCUACUAGCUCAAUUCCUGAAGACUCUCCCCCAGGAACCAUAAUUGCACUUUUCAAUGUACAUGACAGAGACUCUGGGCAGAAUGCAUUUAUCACAUGUUCGCUCCCUGAGAACCUUCCUUUCAAGUUAGAAAGAUCAGUGGACAAUUACCACCGACUGGUUACAACCAGAGCCCUUGAUAGGGAACAGUUUUCCUUUUAUAACGUCACUGUGACUGCUAAAGAUGGAGGGAAACCAUCUCUGUCCAAGGAUGCUUACAUUUUGUUGCAGGUGGCAGACAUCAAUGACAACCCACCCACCUUCCCCCACAUGUCCUACUCUGCCUACAUUCCUGAAAACAACCCCAGAGGUGCCUCCAUCAUUUCUGUGGUGGCCCAUGACCCUGACAGUGACGAUAAUGCCCAUGUAACUUAUUCUUUGACUGAAGACACUCUUCAGGGUGCACCCCUGUCCUCUUAUAUCUCCAUCAACUCUGACACCGGUAUCGUGUAUGCGUUGCGCUCCUUUGACUAUGAGCAGUUCCAGGAUUUGCAGCUGUGGUUGACUGCGUGGGACAAUGGGAACCCGCCCCUCAGCAGCAACGUGUCAUUGAGCAUAUUCGUGCUGGACCAGAACGACAAUGCGCCUGAAAUCCUGUACCCCGCCCUCCCCACCGACGGUUCCACAGGUGUGGAGCUGGCGCCCCGCUCCGCAGAGCCCGGCUACCUGGUCACCAAGGUGGUGGCGGUGGACCGAGACUCGGGCCAGAACGCCUGGCUGUCCUACCGCCUGCUCAAGGCGAGCGAGCCAGGGCUCUUCGCGGUGGGGCUGCACACGGGCGAGGUGCGCACGGCGCGGGCCCUGCUGGACAGAGACGCGCUCAAGCAGAGCCUGGUGGUGGCGGUGCAGGACCACGGCCAGCCCCCUCUCUCGGCCACCGUCACGCUCACCGUGGCCGUGGCCGACAACAUCCCGGACGUCCUGGCCGACCUGGGCAGCAUCAGGACCCCCGCCGACCCGGACGAUUCGGACCUCACGCUGUAUCUGGUGGUGGCGGUGGCGGCAGUCUCGUGCGUCUUCCUGGCCUUUGUCAUCGUGCUGCUGGCGCUCAGGCUGAGGCGCUGGCACGCGUCGCGUCUGCUCCAGGCUUCCGGAGGCGGGCUGGUGGGCGUGCCGGCCUCGCACUUUGUGGGCGUGGACGGGGUGCGGGCUUUCCUGCAGACCUAUUCCCACGAGGUCUCCCUGACCGCGGACUCGCGGGAGAGUCACGUGAUCUUCCCCCAGCCCAACUACGCGGACACGCUCAUCAGCCAGGAGAGCUGUGAGAAAAAGGAUUUUCUAUCAGCACCGCAGUCUUUACUUGAAGAUAAAGAAGAAACAUUUUCUCAGGUAAAUUCCCUUCACAAUAUACUUAGUAGCUAUUACUAAAAUAAACAUUUAUUUACUUAGCUGCCUCCAUUGUUUACCACAUCUUUUCUAUUUCUCAUAUUUCCUUGUGAAUAUAUCAAUUCUUAGGAAAUGAGUCCUGGUGAACUAUUUCUCAAUAGUUCUAAGUGCUCACACCCUGUAAGGGGAAGAGGGGCUAGAAUCAUUGUAUCAUGAGUAUAAAUCAGGAGUUAGUAUGGGGUGAAUAUUAUUUAGGUCAUCAAAGAACAUUCCAUUAGGAACUGGUAUAUCUGGUUUCUCAUACUUUCUUUCCCAUCCCUGGAGAAAUCAUCUCAUCUACCUGGGUCAGUAAUUCUUUCUGUCUUAAAAAUACGAAGGUUGAGGGGCCCCUGGCUGGCUCAGUCAGUGAACCAUGGGAGUCUUGAUCUUGGCGGGUCAUGAGUUUGAGCCCUAUGUUGGGGGUAGAGUUUACUUUUUAAAAAAUAAAAUAAAAAGAUAUUUUUUAAAAAUGAAAGUUGAAUUUUAUGUUUACUCAAAUGCUUUAAAAUUCAUGGUUUUUGUUUUAUAUUUUAAUCUAUGAGUAAUGAAACACGUUAGUUUCUUCUCACUCAAUUUUAAUAUUUUUCCUUCAGUUUGGCAGUGAGGUUCUUCAUUUUAUUUGAUUUGUAUGACCUUCCCUAUUUAAAAAAUGGAAAUUUAGAAAUAAAUAUGCUUCACUGUGUUUUAGGAAGGUAUGUCUUGGUAUCU